AUGUAUAAAAACAGAAUUUUCGGUACUCCUCCAGAACCUGUGUUCAACAUGAAGUCGGCGUGUUUGCCACCUGAGUUGUUGGAAGAAGCGUUGUAUGUUUUAGCCGAUGAAAAUGAAAAAAAUAUGGACAAUGCAAGUGGUAUACAGGGAUUUUUCAAAGGAGGAAAAACGGCAGGUAAAAGGGUUCAUUUACACGUUAUCUAAUUUUUAAUCUUCGUCGAAAAAGCCGAGUUAUUAAAAAAACUCAGAGCCUCGGGUCAUUGACUAGCUGGACUUCACAUGUUUGCCUUUUACCUGUAAUUUCAGAAUAUGUUUUUCUUCUCUGCGGAGAAAUGGGAUUACCAAUGGAAACGCGCUUCUUAGCCAUAGAAAUCUUUGACAAGUGAGUGAAAUUUUUUUAAGCUUCCUUAUAAAAAUAGUAUUUUCCUUUGGAAAUGAAAAGUAAGCUUAUAUUCAUCCGGUCAACGAACUUUUUUUCAGAUUUAUGGCAAAACAUGUGUGCAGUUUGUAUGACCUUAUACGUUCAAAUUCAGAUACAAACCAGCAAAAGAACUGGAAAGAGGUGGAAAACCGAGUAAAAACACAGGUUCCUCUCAGAAUUAUGUCGUGUGUGCAACUAGCAAGCAAGUUGACAUCGCAUUAUAAGGUAAGGGGCCGACCGUUUGACUUUUGAGCGGGGCGGGGGGGGGGGGUUAUGGAUGAUUUCAGAAAAAAAUAUCCUGCAGACCGUUCGAGCGAAAAAAAAAAAUCUUGCAAGGAAAUAACUGCCAUACAAUGGCUUUGCAUGUCGGGGAAAAAAUUCUAUCACCAGAGGUUUGAAGAAAAAAAUUUCUUACACAAACCAAAUCACCCACACCCCCUUCAAAAGACAAACCGUCGGCCCGUAAAUGAACUAUAAGUUUUAAAUGGCAACAGCUCCACUUUAUCUAUAUCUCUGCUUCCUCAGAGAGAAUUUGAACAAAUUAAUGUUGAAAGAUUGAAUGGCGGCGAUGAGAUACGGGUGGGAGGGUAAUAAAGCAUAGCGCUUUUCCUUGUCCACAUGGAAGUGACACUUGUAAGUUAACACUUCAAAAUAGGAAGUUUAAAAAUAUGGCUCAUUAUUUACGUUCAUUCCCUCAUAGUUAGUAACACCAACCAAAGGUCAGAGAUUCCUCAAUUCCAUUGGUCAUUGUUACACGCUGGGGAGCAUGGUGAAAUCAGAGCUACGAAUCCUUAAAACCUUGGACUAUCAUAUCUUGAUCACAACACCGCUGACAUUUUUAGAAACAAUUCUUGAGAUACUUGGUAAGUAAAAAAGGGAAUCAGAAAGAAAUACGGAUUUCAAAAUAAAUAGUAACAAAAUUCCUAGAGAAUGACUGACUGCAAUGGUCCUUUGAGUCAUUUCAGGGUCACACCUUAACCCUGUGAGCAGUGAACCCUGCAAUAAAUAGAAGUACUGUAGUGAAACAAAAACGAAACAAAAAUACAUAAGGGCGGCUGAGUUCUAGAGCCACACUCACUCAUUCUGGCAAAGCAUGACGGUUUGCAGUGACAGAUCCAGACCUUAAGAUAAGGGUGGGGGCCGGUCGUCCAGACCCUUAGAAAAGGGGGGGGGUCUCCCAAAAUAAUUUUUUUCGGCCUUUCAGGCAUCAGUUUGGUCUAAAAUUAAGGGCCCCACCCCUGGAUCUGCCACUGGUUUGUGUCCCUAGUAAAGCCAGCUUGUUAAGACAAUAGAUGACAGUAACCAGCUAUUCUCACACUUAUGGAGAAACAGAGGAGAGCCAAAAAAAUUGAACUGAAAAUAUUUUUAAAAAGAAUAAGGGACUUGCAUUUAUAUACUGUACUACCAACAGACCCCCGAAUUCUGGUUGGUUAAUUUUUUUAUUGGCCAAAAUAGAAAAACACUGUCACUGAUUAUUUGAAUUGGCUUGAAUGCUAGGAAGUUACCUAAGUAUUAACAGCAUUUUGCAUUAUCCUUCGUUUUCUUAUUUAGGACAUAACGACUCUCGCUCUCAAGUCAAGCUUCUUCACGAUGCCAGUGUAAAGCUACUGGACAUUGUCUACCUAAAGUACGAAGAAAUCUACAGCAAGUUGUGCAUGGCAGCAACAGGAGAAACUUGUAUAAAUGACAGGCAAAAGCUAUCUGUUUUAGCUAAUGAUCUAAUGUUGCUUGCAGUGUCAGUCAUUGGAGCAGCAUCCUUUAUUGUAAAUCAGGGAACAAGUGACAUGGUUAGUUGUUCAAUCAAUUAUUGCUAAAUAACAGUAGAACUUACAAAUUCUAACCGGAGCCAGGGUUACAGGGAAGGAGAGUGGUUGAGUGAUUUCACUGUUUGGAUAUUCAAAUGAUUUAUUGUUAACAAGGCACAAAAUAGAUACCAGUUCCCUGAAUAGUGUGCAAGAAGCAUGGCAGUUACAGAUCACAAAGGGACAGUGCUUUGAACGUCUAGCUGGUUAACAAAUUAUUACUUGUUUUCAGUUGGCUGUUUAUUAUUAUCAUUGUUAUAGUCUGUGUAGCUGGCAUUUUCCUUAUGUGUUUUUUCAUUUGUGAUUCACAAAGUAAGAGAUACAGCCACGUAAAAGCUGAACCAAGGACAAAAACACUGGGCAGAAAAACACCAAAAAACCGCCAGCUACGCAAGCUAUCAUUAUUAUUAUUAUUAUUAUCACCAUCAUCAUCAUCAUCAUUAUCUCUCACAGGCAGUCCAGUGUUGAAGUCAUGACAAAAGAAAAUUAUCCAUCUCUGAUAUUAAAAAAGAAACAAGUUAAAAAGAAUAAAAUCUUGUAUUGCUAAUUCUUAAUUCUUAAAAAAGCUCCUAAAAAAAUUAUCAUCAUCAUUAUCAUUAUUAUUAUCAUUGUCUUCCUGUCUGUGAUCUCUAAUCAUUGUGCACUAUAUUUACCAAGAAGAAAUCACUCAUUUCCAAAAAAAUGCUGAUAUCGUGCGGUUAUGUCAAUUCUGUUGGUCCAUAGGUGGUGGAGCAGCUUGGACGGAUCACUCAAAUUCCAGUGGAUGAUGUUUUGGAUUUUGCUACCAUUAUUAUUGAGCACACACUAUAA